AUGGGCUUUUGUGGCCCAACCUCGCCCGCCGCCUCGCCAGUGCUGCCGAACGCGCCAGUGCCGAGCAUGAGGCUGGAGGCGCUGGAUGCCUUCAAGCUGCCGCCCUUCCCGCCCCCCAAGCUCACCCCUGAGAGCCCCAGGCCCGCUUCCAACGGCUGGGGCAGCAUGAAGGCCCGGUUCCCGGAGCUGCGAUUGCAGGCUCAGGAUGCCCAGCAGAAUAAAGGGCUGAAACCUUCCCCGCUGGACGGCGAGUUGUCUGGCAGAGAAUCCCAGCCGCUCAAGCCACCUGCGGAAGGCCAAAAGCCGGACGAAGGCGCGCAGGCGGAGGAGGCGCAAUCGCCAGGCGGCCCAAGCAGAGUCCACUUUGCAGCGCCCAGCCCGCGUAGCGAAGCAGCCCAGGCUGAGGAGGGCGCGAGCCCCAGUACCCCCAGUCAUCAGUUCUACGACGUCGUUAAGAAAGCCAUCGCCUUCUCUGCCGAGAAUCUGCCAGGCAUCGUGUCGGAGAGCGCCGACGACAACUCACAGCCGCGCGUUCAGCGCAGCAACUCCAACUUGAGGCGUUCCAAUUACAUUGCGAAGGAGAACCGCAAGAGGGUGCAAGAGCUUCAGAGUUGGCAAAUGCGAAUCGUCAACUCCAUGCACUAUGAGACCGUGAGUGCCCUCCUGAUCCUCCUGAACUGCGGCUUCGUUGCGUGGCAGACGCAGAACAAGGCCCUGGAUGACGAACUGCGGGCAUCUCGAGGAGAGGACUUGGUCAUGGCCGAGCCAGUGGAGCUGAACAUCAUCCAGGGGUGCUUUGCUACGAUCUUCCUCGUUGACCUACUGUUCCGCAUCUUCGCCCACAGGUGGCAUUUCUGCGACACUCGGGCGAAGGACUUCCUUUGGAACGUGACUGAUGUCGUGGUGGUUGGCUUUGACUUGGUCAGCAUUUUCCUCGAGGUCUGGGUGCACUUCAGUCUAGUCCGGGCUAUGCGGGUGAUACGGGUGGUGCGGGUGAUCAAGAUCAUUCGGGUGAUGCGCUCCUUCUCUGAGCUGCGCCUGCUGAUGCACUCCAUCCUCAGCUGCAUCCGCUCUCUUGUGUGGGUCGUGGCAGUGCUGUGCCUGAUGCUGGGCUUGUUCGCGGUGCUCUUCACCAGCGCGGCGGGGUCCACCAUGGACAGCGUGGAGCGGCGCCAAGCCCCGGAGAACGCGGAGCUGGUGAAGCGCUUCGGCACCUUGGACCGCUCCAUCCUGGAGCUCUACAUGGCCAUGACCGGAGGCACUGACUGGUCCGUGCAGUACGAGGCCAUCAACCCUCUGCCGGAGCUGUUCCACGGACUGUUCCUGGUGUACAUCACCUUCAGCAUCUAUGCGCUCGCAAAUGUGGUGACUGGCAUCUUCCUGGAGAACGCCAGGAGCUCGGGGAAGAAGGACCGGGAGCACGUGAUCCAAGAGGAGCUGACGUUGAAGAACCACUACCUCCACGACAUCCAGAUGGUCUUCGAAGAGAUGGACGUGGAUUGUAGCGGCACCAUCACCAAGGACGAGUUUGAUGCCACCCUCAACGACGAGCGCGUGAUCGCCUACUUCAACGCCAUGAAGUUGGAUGUUCGAGAGGCGGAGUGCUUCUUCAGACUUUUGGACUAUGAUAAUUCAGGUGAGGUGAGCUACCAGGAGUUUGUGGAUGGCUGCUGGAAGCUGCAGGGCGAGGCCCGCAGCCUGGACAUGAAGAUCAUCCAGCUGGAGAUCGAAGCAAUGGGCAAGGUGGUUUUGACUGUUCAGGAGAAGUUGAAGCAGCUUCUGCCCAGUGACGGGAGAGCUAGCAUCAAUGAGAAGUGUAGUGCAACUUUGCUUAGCUGA